CAAAGCGCCCUCAGUAAGAGGGCGGCAGGUCAGCCAGGCCAGAGCCUGGACCUGGGGUCAGAAGGGCUUAUAGAGAGGGAUGGAGGGGCCCAAGACUCUGGGGCCCUGUGGCCACUCUCAUCCCCAGUGUCCCCCAGCCCCAGCUUCGAGCAGCCAUGGAGGAUGCCUUGAUCAGCCCUGCCAGGGAUUUGUAAGGUGGCCCUGCCUGGUCCCUCUGCCAUCCAAUCACUCACUGGAGUCUGGGAGGACCUUCCCAGCCCCAAGGCCAAAGGGUGGGGGGCCUAGGGUGGGAGGCAAGGCCUCCUUUCUGUCCAGCGAAGAAGAGGAGAUGCAGCAACAGAGAGCAAGAGAGCCGGGGGGGCCAAGACCAGGAGAAACAGAGCUGGAGCGGGAGAAUCACAGCCUGAAAAGGCAGAAUCAGGACCUCCGGGAGCAGCUUGGGGCAAUGCUGGGGCCAGGGCAGCAGUUCCUGCCCCUAUGUCCUGAGCACUCCAGCUGCUCAGCCCUGGCCUGGUCCCCCGAGUCAGCCAGCACCAGGCCCCCAGAGGAGAGGGCUCCUGUGCAGCUGCUGCGGCGCGAGAUGUGCCGGGGGGAGGAGGCCUUCGUACAGCAGUCCCAGAAUGAGCUGCAACAGAUCCGACUGUCCUUUGAAAGGAAGAAGAUGGCCAUCACAGAGGUGUGGGAUGGUGUGGCAGAAGUACACAUGGCCCUGAACAACCAGGCCACUGGUCUCUUGAACCUGAAGAAGGACAUUCGGGGUGUGCUAGACCAAAUGGAGGACAUUCAGCUGGAGAUUCUGGGGGAGCGGGCCCAGUGCCGCAGCCAGGCAAGGAAGGAGCAGCAGAUGGCAUGUGUGGCAAAAGGGAGGCUACAGCUGGGAUGUUCCAAGGGCUUCAAGGGCCAGCUCUGGCUGCUGGCCCUGAGGCUACUGUUGGGCACCCUGCUGGCCUGCACUGCUGCCUACGUGUACGUGGUGGACCCCGCGCCCUUUGAGGGGUUGGUGCCGCCCCUGCUGAGCCGAGCCACGGUCUGGAAGCUCCGGGCCUUACUGGGCCCCUUCCUGCGUCUCGAGGUGGAUGACUUCCUGCCCUUCUAGGCCGGAGGCCCAGUAGCCCCAGCGAGGAGGAGGCCAGGCUGCCGGCGUUGUCCCAGGUGUCCAGUGGCC